ACGCUGUUCUGUUACUUCUGAUCUGUGCUCAUGUGCUGUUUAAAUGUGUUUGCGUUCUAUCUUAAUUUUAAAUUUUAUGGGUUUUAAAUGUUUUUCUUCUUACAAAAUGUAGAUACUAGCAAUCCUAAAUCUUAAUUAUAUAUUUCUUAUUAGUAAAUAUUAGUAUUGUCACUGUAAAUUCUCAAAAAUGGUGUCAGGAAAUACGAGAGUGAUACAAGUAACCAACAUUGCACCGCAAGCGACGAAGGAUCAGAUGCAAACCCUCUUUGGUUAUUUGGGUAAAAUUGACGACAUCAGAUUGUAUCCGACCAUUAGAGACGUGUCUUGUCCUGUACAAUCGCGUAUAUGCUAUGUAAAAUACUACGAUUCUGCAACAGUAAACGUUGCGCAACAUAUGACCAAUACCGUAUUCAUAGAUAGAGCGCUGAUUGUAAUUCCAAUGCAAUCGGGGGAGAUACCAGAUGAGCAUAAGGCUUUAGAGAUGUCAAGCAACGGUACCCUGGUACCCGGCCUAAGCAGCGUGGAGCCGCGUCUUCCGGCACAUGUUAUAAACGCGUUAGAAGGCGUGCCGCCAAAUCAAGUUAUUCAGACUCAUGAUCCUAAAAUAGUAGCGGCAGGAUUACCACCGUACCCGCCACUCCCUGCGGCCUAUGAUUCUAGGAAAAUUGAAGAAAUUAGACGAACAUUGUUAGUUGGUGAAUUGGGUGAAUUGACUCAUCAACAUUUGGUAGACCACUUUUGCCAAGCUGGAGAAGUAAAGUACUUGCGCUUCUGUGAGCGAGAUGCCGACAAACUCAAAUACGCAUUGGUUGAGAUGUCUGAGCAGGAAAGUGUCAUAAAAGCCCUACAGUUAAAUGGUUCUACUGUGGAAGGCCAGACUAUUAAGGUACACCAUGCAACUCAAGCAAUAUCUAAGCCACAGACGAAGAGCAAUGAAGCAGCUCAGAGAGAGAUAGAGGAAGCUAUGUGCCGUGUGAAGGAAGCUCAGAAUCUUAUAUCCGCUGCCAUCGAUCCUGUUAUUGGCCUGCUUUCUAAAGACAAACGCAGGACACGAUCGCGGUCUCGGUCGCGUCGCCGCUCGCGGUCUCGAUCUCGUCGAUCACGCUCGCGACACCGUAGCAAGCGGUCUAGAUCACGAUCCCGUCAUCGAUCUCGAAGGUCGAGAUCUCGUCAUAGACACCGUACCAGGUCGCGUUCUCGCCAUCGUAGUUCCCGACGCUCACGUUCUAAGUCUCGCCACCGCAGCACACGUUCCAAGAGAGACCGCUCAAGAGAUAAAGAUCGUGAUCGCAAAGACAAAAAGGAUACAAAUGAUAAAGAGAAAAAAGAGAAGUCUAAAUCACCUGCUAAGGAGGUUGAAAAGGAAGAAAAGGAACAAGUCAAACCCGAAACUGUUGAGACUAACGGACACGGUUCCGAAGAAAAAUCUAAAGCUUCCACUCCAGCAGAUGAUAAAGAGAAGGAAGUAGAAAAAGAGAAAGAACGAUCGCCAUCGAAAAAACGGGAGAGAUCACGAUCACGAGAAAAGAAGCGUGAUCGUUCUCGUUCUAGAAGAUCGCGAUCCCGAUCGCGUAGAAAACGCUCGCGGUCGCGUAGAAGGUCAAGAUCUCGUGAUAGAAAGAGGUCGCGUUCUAGAGAUCGCAAGAGGACGAGGUCACGGGACAGAAAGAGGUCACGUUCGCGGGACCGAAAGAGAUCCAGAUCCAGAGAUAGAAAAAGAUCGAGGUCUCGAGAUAGAAAACGGUCUCGUUCGAGAGACAGGAAGCGAUCUCAUUCACGAAGCCGUCGAUCUAAAAGCCGAUCCCAUAAAGACUCUAAAACAAGUGAUCGGAAGACCAGAGAUAAAAGCCCUACUCUCCCUACUGUAGAGGAAAAAGAUAAUUCUGUAAUUGAAAAUAAAGUUCCAGAUAUAGGGGAAGAAAAGAAUUCACCAGAUAAUAUGGAUAUCUCUAACUCCCCAUAAAUUGUUUAAGUACGUGCUUUGCCUGCGCAUGGCUAUCAUGCAUUUUUUUUAGUAACUGUUCCAUGAAAUUUCUAUAAUUUUUUUUCAGUAAUAAAUGACGUGACCAUAAUUGUUUCUUUUAUUUUCCAGCGUAU